AUGCGAAGCUGUGGGUCACGAUUUCGAACCUACAUGAUACAGUGUCUUCGUAUUCUCGCUGUUGUAUUAAUUAUCUUUUUGAUUAAGCAAUAUUCAUCUUUCAAACGAUCAUCAAAAAUAUGGGAAUCAACCAUCAAACAGUCCUUGUCUCUAUCAUCUUUAAAUUCACAAAUAAUUGUCAUAACUCCGACUUAUCGUCGACGAACAAGAUUAGCUGACAUGACAAGAAUGGCGAAUACAUUAUCUCACAUUCAAUGUCUGUAUUGGAUUGUCAUUGAAGAUGGAAAUCACACUGUAAAAGCAGUUGAAAGAUUGCUUAAUCGUACUACUUUACCUUACACAUAUUUUUCUGCUAAAACUCCUCUUGGCUAUCCAAGUCGUGGUUGGUAUCAACGGACAAAAGCUCUUGAAUUUUUACGUAAUAAUUUCAACUUGAUAAAUAAUGAAUUUAUGAAAUCGAUCGUUUAUUUUGGAGAUGAUGAUAACUCAUAUGACGUACGAUUAUUUGACAAUUAUAUAAGACAUGUACGAAAAGUUGGCGUAUGGGCUGUAGUGUUCAAGAAAUUUAACCAACGUUACACACGAACAGGUUUUGCUGGAGGUGCACUGGUGGAAUCGCCAGCGGUUAUCAAUGGGACUGUAGUAGGAUGGAAUGUGGUCUGGCAUAAAAAACGGAAGUUUGCUACAGAUAUGGCGGGCUUUGCUGUAUCGUUAGAUGUUAUUCUCAAUUCAACAGCAAUAUUUACUAAAUCAUGCAAACGUGGUCUCGGCGCUCCAGAAACGUGCUUUCUUGAAGAUCUUGGUCUUCAGAUCCUUGAUCUUGAACCGUUUGGUUUUGAUCAAAAAGAACGUGAAAUCCUUGUAUGGCAUACCAAAACUGCUAAAGUAGCAAUCAACAAAAGGGCUCAGUUUACAAAUGGAUUUAUUGUUGAGUAA